GGAGGGUGGGAAAUGGUGCAAUGGAUGGUGUUCUUGCGCUGGAGUAAAAAGAAAAUGACUUUUUAGUGAAAAUUAAAUAUUAAAACAUGUUUUUAGAUAUAUUUUCUUUGAUCUGUUCGAACCUUCCAUCAACCCAUUCGAGCUUACUAACUGGGGAAAAAUCAGAUCGUGAUUUAAAAUCUAGUUCUGUUAAUGAGAUGGAAUCAAUUCAAUCAUCAAUUUUACAAAAAUCUAAAGUAGCUGUGAUAACAGGAGCAAAUGCAGGUCUUGGCUUCACCUUGGCAGACCGUCUUCUAUCCUUCUAUCCAGAUAUUCAAAUUUGCUUAGCCUGUAGGAAUAAAGAGAGAGGGCUAACAGCAGCUGCGGCUUUGACUGAAAAACAUCCAAAAGCCAAUGUUCAUGUAGAGAUUCUAGACACAUCAAGUGUAGCUUCAGUUUUAAGUGGCACUGAAGCCAUUAGAAAAAGGUAUGAUCACAUUGAUUAUCUCUAUUUAAAUGCUGGCAUUAUGAAAGUGACUGGUGUUGACUGGAAUUAUUUCUGGAAAGGAUUGUUAUCAAGUCGAGUAUUUUAUAUGUUUGCUACUGGUGAGGGGCUUUUGUGUCAAGAGGAUGGUGUGACAGAGGAUGGGCUCCAGUGUGUCUUUCAGACUAAUGUAUUUGGUCAUUAUGUCAUGGUAAAAGAACUAGAAGACAGACUUGGUAAUGUUUCAAGUACUGAGCAAAAACCUUCACAGAUUAUUUGGACAUCUUCAUCAGCUUCUCAAGCAAAGAACUUCAAGAUAGAAGAUUUUCAACAUAAAAAUGGGAAAGAUCCUUACAGUUCUUCCAAAUUUGCAAUUGAUAUUCUUAGUGUAGCUUUAAAUGAAAAAAUGAAUAAACAGAAUGUAUUUUCACAUUCUGUUUGUCCAGGAUUAGUUAUGACCAACAUGACCUAUGGUAUACUACCUCAGUGGUUUUGGACAUUGAUGAUACCUCUUUUGUGGUUGCUACAUUUUUUUGUUCCAAGUAUGACAAAUAAUACUGAAAAUGGUACAGAGGCUUUGAUCUGGUUAUCUGCUCAAGAUCCAAUGACACUGGAUCCUCAAACCAAAUAUAUGAGCCAUGUUAAUGUAUUUAAUAAAUCUUAUGUGGCCAAAUCAAAAAUGAAUAUAAAUCCUGAGUUGGCAGAAAAGUUUAUACAAGAAUUAGAUCAAUUGAAUAACAGCUUUCAAUUGAAAUUGAAAAGUAAAGUAAAGAAUUAGAGAAAAUGUUUUUAUAGGAGCUAUACAUUGUAAAGUAUAAUUUUAAGUGACUUACAUAAAAGAUAGAUAUGUAAUAAGUGCUAAAUACAUUUGACAUGUUAGGUUUAUUUUACUUUGGGACUAGCUUCAUUGUCAUUUUUUGCCAUAGAAAAUUAUUGUUGCUUUUUUAACUAUCAAUAUUUUGUAUAGUUUUUUUAAGCACUCAGAAUAUGUGAAAAGAUAUUAGUAGCAUUUUAGUACAUAUUAUUUUUUUGUCUUAUCAUUCAUCAGUCACUUGUCUAUUGAAUUAGUUGAACAUUUUCUAGUGUUAGAAAUAAUGAAUUUGUUGUAUUUUAUUUUUUUACAAAUAAAUUUCUUACCUGUAAUUUGCUUUGUCCUUGUUAUAAAAAAGUGGUCUAUAUAAACAUUUACUUUUGUAAGUGUAUUGUAUGUUAUAAACUUUUCUCUAUUUGAUUUCUACCAUUCUCUUUAUAGAUGUAGAUGUCUAAUAAUUUUGGGUUAUUUUUUUCUUCUCAAAUCAAUGCUGAAUACAUUGUGUCUUAUCAUUUGUACCUUUAGAAAGAAAAUAUUUUGUUUUACAAUUUAGAUUAAAGCUGAUGAAGGGUGAGUUUCAUGUUCAAAUCCAUGUUCAUUUGUAGUAGAUGUCUUUCAAGUCCACCCAGCUCAGUAUUUGUUAGUGAACGAAAAGGCAGUAGGUCAUUGUGCUGGCCACAAGAAGACUACUGAAAAAAGUUUUUAACUUACCUGCAAUAUAAACCAACAGGUCUUUAAUAUCAUAAUUUUAGACAAGUUUAUAUUUUAUUUAUCUCUAUGUAUUAUUGUAUGGUAUUUGAAUUGCAAGAUAAGAAAAAAUUUGUAAUUAAAUAGACUCGUGUGCUAUUGCAAUAUAUUAACUACCAGUAUUUCAUUUUUAAAAAUAUAUUCACAUACUUUUAUCUUUUAUUCUCUUAAAAAGGGAAUACUUAUUUUUUUACAUUCUCAUAAAAUUCAGCUAAAACUGGAGCAAUAAUUCCUGCAAUAAAUCCAACAAUUUAUCUUCAA